CCUAUUUAAAGCAACAAUCGGCAAAAAACAGCCACAAAGUCGCCAAAAAUGCCCAAAAUAAUUUCAUUAAUUAUUUAUCUCGCCAUCUGUGCAAAAACAAAAGGGUUGAAUGACAAACUCAUGCACCCCCACCCCCAAACAACCCCUAAAAUUCCAUACAAAAGUGACGAAAACACGGCGAAAUUUUGGAACGAACAAGCGCAAAGCACCCUCAAAGCCCACGUUUCGGAAACAAUUAACACAAAUGUUGCAAAAAACGUGAUUUUGUUUAUGGGGGAUGGCAUGUCAGUGCCAACCCUUGCCGCAACCAGGGUUUACAUGGGGGGCGAAAAUUUCGAGCUGUCUUUCGACAAAUUCCCCCACACUGCCAUUUCUAAGACAUACUGUGUCAAUUACCAAGUGCCCGACUCGGCAUGCACCGCCACUGCAUACCUGGGUGGGGUCAAGGGUAACUUGGGCACCGUUGGGGUAACGGCCCAUGUCCCAUGGGACGAUUGCCAGGCCAUGACCAACACUUCCAACAACGUCCCAUCCAUAGCCCUUUGGGCCCAAAAACAGGGUAAAAGUACGGGUUUUGUGACCACGGCCAGAGUCACUCAUGCCUCCCCAGCUGGGGUUUUCGGGCACUCGGCCCAACGGGAGUGGGAGACGGACACCGAUAUACUGAACGAUGGUAAAGACCCUAAAAUUUGUACGGACUUGGCCACCCAACUGGUGUACCAUGAUGGUAAAAAUUUGAACGUGGUCAUGGGCGGGGGCCGGUACGCCUUCCUCCCGAAUGACACUAAGGGGGAGGAGGGCGAUUAUGGGUACAGGUCAGAUGGGGUGAAUUUGAUCGAAGGGUGGAAGAAAUUGAGGAAGGGAAAGGCAAAAUAUAUCUGGAAUCGGGAGCAACUCCUGGGUCUUGACCCCCAGGACAUAGACUAUGUUUUAGGGAUUUUUGAAAGUGACCAUUGCCCCUUCCACCUGGAGCGGGACCCAGCUAUGGACCCAACGCUCACCGAAAUGACCGAAAGCGCCAUCAAAAUCCUGUCGAAGAACCCUGAUGGGUUUUUCCUGUUUGUGGAAGGCGCGAGGAUCGAUAUGGGUCACCACCAGGCCAUGGCCCACUUGGCCCUGGAGGAAACCGCAGAGUUUUCCCGAGCCGUUGAACGGGCCGUGAGUUUGACCUCAGAACACGACACCCUGAUUGUGGUAACGUCCGACCAUGCCCAUACCAUGUCCAUGGGCGGUUACCCGUUCCGUGGUAACGAUAUUUUGGGUGUCGUGGGCGAUCAAGCCGCCGAUGGGUUAGCCUUCACUACGCUUAAUUACGCCAAUGGGCCUGGGUUUAGGAAGGCGGAGGAUGGGGCAAGGCAUGACCCAUCUAAGGAUGAUUUGGGUGAUAUUGAGUACAGAUACCCGGCUGUGGUUCCCCUAGAUUCGGAGACACAUGGUGGGGAUGAUGUUAUUAUUUUUGCAAGAGGGCCAUGGGCACAUUUGUAUAGGGGAGUAGUGGAACAAAAUGUGAUACCACAUUUUAUGGCAUAUGCUUCUUGUAUAGGCAAUGGGGAGGAAAAUGCGUGUAAAAGCAAGGGAACUUUGCAUGGGUUUGCCACAGUUUUGGUGGUUUUAAUGUUAGCAGGCAUUAUUUUGUAAAUAAUAAAAUAGCGAGUUUCAAUCAA